CUACAACUCCCAGUGCGCCUCGCGGCCCGCCGGAGUUACGCAACUUUUGCUGAUUGGCCGCUGGGAAUAUUUGAAAGGAGGGGCUGGCGCGGAGACGAAGGUUACAUUUUGGAUCCUGGCAGAGUAUUUAGUCUGGCGGGUAAGUCUUAGACCUGGAAAGUUGGGGACUUCUGGAGCAGUAAGGCCCGGAGGAACUCAUGAGCCUGUUUACGCACUGAGCCCCUCCCCGGUGCCAUGAGGAACUUCAAAGGAGUCAACUUUGGGGCUCUGCUAAGCAGCCGGAAGGAGGCUGAAGAGUUGCUGUCUGACCUGAAGGAGUUCCUGUCCAAACUUCCAGCCGGUUCUUCCAACUGCAGAUUUGAUGCGGAGAGGAGACAAACUUGUGAUGCCAUCCUAAGGGCUUGCAACCAGCAGCUGACUGCCAAGCUGCCUUGUCAUAGGCACCUGGAUAGCCUGCUGGAGCUGGCAGAACUGGCUUGCAAUGGCUACUUGGUGUCCAACCCCCAGGGUCCACCCCUCUACCUGGAACGGAUUCUCUUCAUCUUUCUGCGGAAUGUUGCUGCACAGGGAAUCCCAGAGGCCACACUUCGACUAGCUCAGCUCCUCCAUGCCUGCUUGGAGCAGUGUUCUCGCCAAGCUGCUCCCCAGGACUAUGAGGCUGUGGCUCUGGGCAGCUUUUCUCUGCUUUGGAAAGGGGCAGAAGCCCUGGCAGAGCGGCGAGCUGCCUACUCAGCUCGGAUGAAGGCCUUAAGCUUUCUAGUACUGUUAGAGGAUGAGAGUACCCCUUGUGAGGUCCCUCACUUUGCUUCUCCAACAGCCUGUCGAGUGGUAGCUGCCCAUCAGCAAUUUGAUGCCAGUGGGCAUGGUUUGAGUGAAGCAGAUGCUGAUUUCCUAGAUGAUCUGCUCUCCAGGCAUGUGAUUAAAGCCUUAGUGGAUGAGAAAAGGAACCCUCCUAGUUCUCUUUCUCCCCAGAGGGCCCUCUGUCUCUUGGAGCUCACCCUGGAACACUGCCGUCGCCUCUGCUGGAGCCACCUCCAUGCCAAAGCUGUCAGGGUGGUAGAGAAGACCCAAGAUUACCUAAGGAACACCAGCCUGGCUCCCAGCCUCCAGCUGUGCCAGCUGGGGGUAAAACUGCUACAGGUCAGGGAGGGAGGACCCCAGGCAGUGGCCAAGCUUCUGAUCAAGGCAUCAGCUAUCCUGAACAACAGUAUGGAGGCACCGUCACCCCCACUGCGGGCAUUGUAUGACAGCUGCCAGUUCUUCCUCUCAGGCCUGGAGCGAGGCACCAAGAGGCGCUUCGGACCUGAUGCUAUUCUGGGCUUCUUUGCUUUUCUUGGCGGGUACUGCUCCCUUAUUCGGCAGCUGCAGGAUGGCGUCUGUGGGGACUCCUCCAAGCAGCAGCAGUCCUUGGUUCAGAUGCAAUUUCAGGGACUUCACCUCUAUACUGUGGUGGUUUAUGACUUUGCUCAAGGCUGUCAGGUAACUGAUUUGGCUGAUCUGUCCCAGCUAGUGGAAAGUUGCAGAUCUACUGUGUUCUGGAUGUUGGAUGCCUUACAGGGCCUGUCAGGCCUAGAGUUGACUGACUACCUGGGGAUGACUGCCUCUUACACCAGUAACUUGGCCUACAGCUUCUAUAGUCACAAGCUCUAUGCCGAGGCCUGUGCCAUCUCCGAGCCCUUCUGUCAGCACCUUGGCUUGGCGAAGCCAGGCACCUGUCCUGAGGUGCCUCCUGAGAAGUUGCAUAGGUGCUUCCGGCUGCAUGUAGAGAGUUUGAAACUGGGUAAACAGGCUGAUGGAUGCAAGAUGGUGACUUUGUGGCUGACAGCCCUGCAGCCCUGUGGCCCAAAACACAUGGCUGAGCCAAUCUCCUUCUGGGUCCGGGUUAAGAUGGAUGCAGCCAGAGCCGGAGACAAGGAGCUACAGCUGAGGACUCUGCGAGACAGCCUGAGCACCUGGGACCCGGAGACUCUGUCUAUCCUGCUCAGGGAGGAGCUGCAGGCCUACAAGUCAGUGCGGGCCACACAGCAAGAACGGUUCAAUGUCAUCUGUGACCUUCUGGAACUGAGUCCCGAGGAGACACCAGCUGGGGCCUGGGCUCGAGCUACCCACCUGGUGGAACUGGCCCAGGUGCUCUGCUACCAUGACUUUGCCCAGCAGACCGACUGUUCAAUCCUCUCCCUAUAGCUCGCCCUGGAUGCUACGGAAGCCCUGCAGCUUCUGGAGUCUGUGAGGCCUGAGGCCCAGGCUGAAGAUCAGCUCCUGGAUGAUAAAGCACAGGCCCUGCUGUGGCUGUACAUCUGUACCCUGGAGGCCAAACUACAGGAAGGUAUCGAGCGGGAUCGGAGAGCCCAGGCUCCUAGUAACCUGGAAGAAUUUGAAGUCAAUGACCUGAACUAUGAAGAUAAAUUGCAGGAAGAUCGUUUCCUAUACAGUAACAUUGCCUUCAACCUGGCAGCAGAUGCUGCUCAGUCCAAAUGCCUGGACCAAGCCCUGGCCCUGUGGAAAGAGGUGCUUACAAAGGGUCAAGCCCCCACCGUGCGGAGUCUCCAACAGACAGCAACCUCACUGCAGAUCCUUGCAGCCCUCUAUCAGCUGGUGGCAAAGCCCCUACAGGCUCUUGAGGUCCUCCUGCUUUUACGGAUGGUGGCCCAGAGAUUGGAGGAUCACGCAAAGGCAGCUGGCUCCUCCUGCCACAUCACCCAGCUCCUCCUGACACUCAGCUGUCCCAGCUAUGCCCAGUUACACCUGGAAGAGGCAGAAUCAAGCCUGAAGCUUCUGGAUCAUAACACUGACACGUACCUGCUCCUUUCCUUGACCUGUGACCUACUGAGAAGUCAGCUUUACUAUGCAUGCCACAAGGUGACAGAGGGCGCCUCUCUGUUGCUGUCCGUGCUUCAGGACCCUGCCCUCCAGAGGUCAUCCAAGGCCUGGUACUUGCUGCGUGUCCAGACCCUGCAUGUGGUGGCAGUCUACCUUAGCCUCUCCUCAGACAGCCUCUCAGCCUCCCUGUGGGAGCAGCUCUGUGCCCAAGGCUGGCAGACACCUGAGAUAGCACUCAUUGACUCCCAUAAGCUUCUCCGAAGCAUCAUCCUCCUGCUCAUGGGCAGCGAUGUGCUCUCGGCUCAAAAAGCAGCCUCGGAGACACCAUUUCUGGACUAUGGUGAAAAUUUGGUACAGAAAUGGCAGGUGCUUACAGAGGUGCUGAGAUGCUCUGAGAACCUGGUCUCCCGCCUGGGCCACCUGGGUAGUGUGAGUGAAGCCAAGGCCUUUUGCUUGGAGGCUCUGAAACUCACAACGAAGUUACAGAUACCACGCCAGUGUGCCCUGUUCCUGGUGCUGAAGGGGGAGCUAGAACUGGCACGCAAUGACAUCGACCUCUGUCUCGACCUGCGGCAGGUUCUGUUCUUGCUGGAGUCUUGCACAGAGUUUUGUGGACUAGCCCAGCACCCAGAUUCUGUGAAGAAAAUCCAAUUGCAGAAGGGGAAGAAGCAGGCCCGGGUCCCCUGUCCUCUAGAGCUCGCGGAGGAGGAGCUCUUCCUAAGAGGCCCUGUUCUGGAGCUGGUGGCCACUGUGGCCAAGGAACCUGGCCCCAUAGCACCUUCCACAAACUCCUCCCCAGUCCUGAAACAAAAGCCCCAGCCCAGCCCUGGCUUCCUGGCCCAUUUGCCCACCUGUGAACUGCUCAUCUGUGUCAGCCCUGCUUCAGCAGUCUGUCUGCGCUGGGUACUGGUCACCGCCGGGGUGAGCCUGGCCAUGGGCCAUCAGGCCCAGGGUCUGAAUCUCCUUCAGGUUGUACUGAAGGGUUGCCCUGCAGCCGCUGAGCGCCUAGGCCCAAGCUCUACAAGCUUCUCUGAAUCGAAAAGUAGCCCCUACCCUGUCCCGAGCCUCUUUGAUGAGAUCUUGGUCCGGGAACACACACAGGCUGGCACCAGGGGGUUGAGCCGGCCAUCAAACAGCCUGGAGAAGGCUCUGGAGUCAGGGCUGAAGUUUGUGGCAGCAAGGAUACCCCACCUGGAUCCCUGGCGAGCCAGCCUGCUUCUUGGAUUCAGGCCCUUGCGAAGCUGAUGGCUCAACUGCUGCACUACCCAACUUUUUGCUGGCUCCUGGGGCUGGCAGCCACCAUCUAUAAAGAUUCCCCCAGGCUCAGAGCCCUCUAAGCUUAGCCAAAACAGUCCAGACCGGCGAGGGCGCCAGCAGGAGGUCUCUGCUCCCCUGCCCCUCCAUAAUCCCUCUCUGAAAGGGUCUGGAAGGUGGGGGACCACCUGUACACCUAAGCCCCCUGGCCGGCUUCGGCAGGCUGGCGCUCGUGUCCCUUUCACUGUGUUUGAAAAGUUCUCUACAAAGAGCAAACCUGAGGUUCCCCAGGCCCCAAGGUACAACAGAGGGUCCAGACCGCCUGAAAGGUGGGAGGUGAACUUCAGUGAUGACAGUGACUUGGAAGACCCAGUUGAGGCGCAGCUUGCUGAGGGGCCCAAGAGGCGGGGCACUGCUUCUCGGGGCCAAGACUCGGGUCAGGCUAGGAAGGGCCGGAGCUUGAAGACUGGUUGUGCUGGCUGCCUCAGGGUGGCCCCUGAGCGCUCUGGUCCCAGUGGCAGGAGCCGGAGGGCCAAGAAAAGUGGCAUCGGAUAUUGUGAGGAACUGGGCCCUGAGAUUAUGAGGACCAUUCCUGAGGAGGAGCUGACUGACAAACCAGAUGAAAUGAGCUUUGAGAUCCUCAGGGGCUCUGAUGGCGAAGACUCAGCCUCGGAUGGGAAAACACCAGCCUCGGGGCCUGACACAGCCAUAGGAGAAUGUGAGUUGUUGAGACGGGAUUCCAGCAAAGAGGAGCUGUGCAUCCCGUGCCCAGACAAGAAGAGAGACAAGGAUCUCGGUCCUUGGCUCCGACGCCCCUCAGCUCCUGUAGCCAUUGGUAUCUCUACCCUGGAUUCCAUCUGUGACUCACUGAGCAUUGCUUUCCGUGGAGUCAGCCACUGCCCUCCUAGUGGGCUCUACGCUCAUCUCUGUCGCUUCCUGGCCUUGUGCCUGGGCCAGCAGGAUCCCUAUGCCACUGCCUUCCUUGUCACCGAGUCUGUUUCCAUCACCUGUCGCCACCAGCUGCUCACCCAUCUCCACAGGCAGCUCAGUAAGGCCCAGAAGCACCAAAGAUCACUCGAAGUAACAGACCAGCUACAGGGGUUGAGCCUCCAGGAGAAGCCUGGAGAUGUCCCCCUGGCCCGCAUCCAGCACCUCUUCUCCUUCAGGACAUUGGGAUCUAGCCAUUUCCCCCAGCCUGAGAAGGAGAGCUUCCAGCAGUGCCUGGCUCUGAUCCCCAGUGGGGUGACUGUGUGUGUAUUGGCCCUGGCCACGCUCCAGCCUGGAACGGUGGGCAACACCCUCCUGCUGACCCGGCUGGAAAAAGACAAUCCCCCGGUCACUGUACAGAUCCCCACCGCCCAGAACAAGCUUCCUCUUAGCUCGGCCCUGAAAGAGUUUGAUGCCAUCCAGAAGGAACAGAAAGAAAACAGCAGCUGUACUGACAAGCGAGAAUGGUGGACAGGGCGGCUAGAACUGGACCAUAGGAUGGAGGUUCUCAUCACUUCCCUAGAGAAGGAGGUGCUGGGCUGCUGGAGGGGGCUAUUGCUGCCAUUCACUGAGGACCCUGGCCCUGCCCAGGAGGCCUCCCGCCUGCAAGAGUUGCUGCAGGAAUGUGGCUGGAAAUACCCUGACCCUACUCUGCUGAAAGUCAUGCUCAGUGGUGCCAGUACUCUCACCCCCCAGGACAUUCAGGCCCUGGCCUAUGGGCUGUGCCCUGCCCAGCCAGAACGAGCUCAAGAACUCCUGAGUGAGGCAAUAGGACAUCUACAGGGGCAAACAAUACCAAGCAGUAGGCACCUUGUCUUAGUGCUGGACAAGGACCUGCAGAAGCUGCCAUGGGAGAGCAUGCCCAGCCUCCGAGCACUGUCUGUCACUCGGCUGCCCUCCUUCCGCUUCCUGCUCAGCUAUGCUAUCAUCAGAGAGUCUGGGGCCUCACCAGUGCUGACCCAAGGGGUGGAUCCACGCAGUACCUUCUAUGUUCUGAACCCUCACAAUAACCUGUCAAGUACAGAGGAGCAGUUUCGGGCCACUUUUAGCAGUGAAUCUGGCUGGAAAGGAGUGGUUGGGGAGGUGCCGAGCCUGGAACUGGUGCAGGAGGCCCUGAUGGAGCGUGACCUAUAUAUCUACGCAGGGCACGGGGCCGGUGCCCGCUUCCUGGAUGGGCAGGCUGUUUUGCGGCUGAGCUGCCGGGCAGUGGCACUGCUGUUUGGCUGCAGCAGUGCAGCCCUGACUGUGCAUGGAAACCUGGAGGGGACUGGCAUCGUGCUGAAGUAUAUCAUGGCUGGCUGUCCUCUAUUUCUGGGUAACCUCUGGGAUGUGACUGACCGUGACAUUGACCGCUACACGGAGGCGCUGCUGCAGGGCUGGCUUGGAGCAGGCCCAGGAGCCCCCAUUCUCUACUAUGUCAAUCAGGCCCGCCAGGCUCCGCGACUCAAGUAUCUUAUUGGGGCUGCACCUGUAGCCUACGGCUUGCCUGUCUCCCUGCGGUGACUCCUUAGAGCUGUCCUAUCACUGGCAGAAGCCAUGACACUGUGUUAUACCUCCCAUGCUUAGAUUUAACCCUCAGGAUAAAUAUUUUUAAGUGAUUUUCCCCAAUAUUUUAUGUAAAACAUUUCUUUGUAACUUAAUAUAAUAAAGAUUUCUAACUUAAAUCAUUUGUGUAGUUCAUCAGAAACAUUUGAAGACAAGACUUUGCCACCGCCCACAGUGUGGUACAAUAAACAGAACAACUUGCAGGAGUUCCAGUUUGAGGGCGUUGGGAAGAAAGGCGAAAGCAUAGGACGAAGUUGGGCCUGGCUGGGCCUCAAAGCUGAAAGAAAGGCAUCAGGAUGCUCUAAGCCGGGACAGAGUUGUCAAGAAGGGUAGAGAUAGACCCACUGAAUGUGCCUUGACCCGGCACCAUCAGGUCUGUCUU